AUGAGAAAGAUUGCCGAGAAACUUGCUUCUAUGGAUUUUUGUCUGUGUUCUGUUUUUUUACUCGAUUCACAAUUUUUGGUGGAUGAUUCAAAGUUUGUGAUGGCAGUGCUGACUUCUCUGUCGUCUUUGAUGAUGUUAGCUCUGCCACAUGUGACUGUUCUUACCAAAGUGGACCUGAUCUCUAAAAAUGAUCGAGACAAAUUGGAAAAGUUGGAAUUUUUUAGAUUUAAUAGAUUUUUGGAACCUGACUUGUGGCCUUGGCUGAACUGCGGAAAGUCGAGGGACUAUAAGGGACUUACGAGUAGUCUUGCCUCUGUGGUGGAUGACUACGGGAUGAUUCAGUUUAUUAUGUUGGACAGUACUGAUGAAACUAGUACCAUGAAUGUGGCCACAACUAUCGACAUGGUCCUUCAGUAUAAUCCAGAACAUAAAGAAAUGGUUGCCUUGAGAUUUUUAUUCAAGAAGAAUAUCAGUAGUUUAUGGUCACUCGAUGUGAGCGUUCCUUCAUAUUUUUGUACAUCUGAGUAUAAAGCUUUUUAUGAUUCUCGACACAAAAGUAGUCAAUUAAAUCAAGACCUAACAUUGAUUAAAAAAGGUCUGACAUUGGCAAACAAAUUUAUGCAGAUAAGGAAACUAUAA